AUGAAAAAAGACGAUGCUAUAGAAUAUUUAAAUCGUUGGUAUAGUAGGCUUCGAAGUCGAUAUGUUGAUUUGAUUGGUGAUUUUGGUGGUAGUGAAUUAUUCGUUGUGGAAGGUGAUAGCUUGCUUUACGAAUUCUUUUGCGACUCAAAAAAACAUUUUCUUGAUUUUAAUCAACCAUAUGGAGGUGGUCAAUUUUUGUCCCUCACUUAUCUUGUAGAAACAUUUCUUAACAAACUCAAACAACGUGGAUGUGUCUUCCAUCUAGUAUUUUUUCAUAAGCAUAAAGUGAUCUGGAAUUCUAAUCCAAAAUUUCGAAUUGCCAGAGAAAUCAUAAUUAACCAUUUAAAAUCGUGUCAAAAUGAAAGUAAAGUUCCAAUUUAUGAAUUUCCGGCUUGGUGGGAUUCACAAUUUGAUCAAUACAUCGAUGACAGACAACCAUUGUUUAUAUUAUCUGGUGACGGGACCAAUGGUGAUAAAGAAAAAUCAACGAAAAUAUCGAUCCUUUCUAAGGGACUAUUUUAUUACUCACUCCAUAAAGAUCUGUCUAUGGCACUUAUACCAGGAAUGGAGUUUAGAGAUUCCAGGGCCCAAGCUUUUGUAUUUGAUCGUGGUGGUAAUGUGGAACCAUCAACUAUUGAAAAUCUUCCAGGCAUUGUUGAACUAUGUUCAAUUGAGUCACAAGAAUCAUAUAAGAAAAGUUCAUGGACUAAUCCAAAGGAACAAAACUUUGAAACAAAUUCUUUGAUUUCGGAAAUACUUAAUGAACAAGAAAACCAAAAAAUAUUUGAAAAUGGCGGGAAAAGACUUUUUUUUGUUAUCAUAUCGUUGAUUGAUCUUUUAAAGCAAAAUUCGAAGCAAAAAAUAUAUCGUUUGCUUUCCAAACUAUUUUUACUUCAUAUUUACCUUUUGGAUUAUACUACUUUGCAAUCGAGAACUCUGCCACCAAUACAGAAAAUAAAUGCUGAAGUCGUUAAUAAGUUUUUAAAUAGUUUUUACAAUUGUUGUUGCAACAUAUUAAUUAAUGAUUCGCUUAAAAUAGCCAAUGUAAAAAAUAAUUUUGCAGAUUUCGUGGAUAUCCGUCUUUUUAUUUCUUUAAUUGAAUUACAACAAAAUGGAAAUAUUGACUUUAAUAACCUUCCAAAAGAAAUAAAGCAAGAUUUUGAUAUAGCAUGGAAAAUUUUAGCACGUUAUGAUAACAAAGUCAUGAUUUUAGACGGUUUGCUAAAUAAUAUUCAAAUUGAAAAAACUGCCAUUCCAAUUUAUGCAAAUAGAGAAUUAUCACUUCUUCCAUUUGAUUAUCAAUUUUUUGUUGAAAUUCUUGGUGAUAUGCAAUUGAAGCUUAAUGAAAAUGAUACAGGUAUUAUUGACACUGAUAGAUAUGCAAGAUCAUUAAAUGGAACACAAGGAUUUUAUAAGUUAAAUAUUAUUAUUGAUAAAAAGGCAGACAAAAAAUCACAAAAUAAAUUAUCAAAUAAGGCAAUAAAAAUUAUCGAACAAGCCAAUCAAGAUAAAUUAGAAAAAUCAUUUAAAGAUGCCGAAGCUUCUUUUGCCCGUACAAUCGAAGAAUUGCCUAUAGAUUUAAAUAUUGAAUCUAAGUUGUCGUAUUUGAAUGAUCGAUUCAAUAACAAGGAUAAAUUUAAACAUCCUAAAAUCAUGCUGAAAAUACAAAUUUAUAAAUUACAGCUUUUAUUUGACCAAUGGAAUAAAGACUCACAGAAUUUUGGAUCAACAAUUGAAGAUCAAAAAAAUUAUUUAUCCGAAAUUCUUGAAAAGUUAGGUUUAAAUGAUUCAAAAAAUCGACUCCUUACAAUGUUUGAUACAAAUGAAUUAAAAGAAAGCAAUAAAAAAGAAAGCGAUAAAAAAGAAAGCGGUAAAAAAAAAAGCAACAAAAAAGAAGGCAAUAAAAAAGAAAACAACAAAAAAGAAAACAAAAAAGAACAGAAAUCUGAGGAACCAGGACCUUCCGCCGACUUAUCGUUAGGACAUUUAAUGGAUCGAAACACAAAUUCCGUUGAAGAUAAACGUGUUCAACAUUUUAAACCAGACAAAUGGCAAUGUGAUGUUUUAGAUGUAAUUGACAAAAACCAGUCAGCAUUGGUUUGUUGUCCAACAUCAUCCGGAAAAACGUUUAUUUCUUUUUAUGCUAUGGAAAAAGUUUUGCGUGAGGAUGAUGAUGGAAUCUUAGUAUAUGUUUCUCCUACCAAAGCUCUUGUAAACCAGGUUACGGCAGAAGUAUAUGGCCGAUUCGAAAAAACUUAUACGCAGGGUGGAAAAACUGUUUGGGGGAUACGAACAAGGGAGUAUAAUCAAAAUCAUGACAAGUGCCAAAUCUUAGUUACAGUUCCGGAAAUGUUGGAAAUUUUAUUAUUAUCACCAUCCAAUGUUAAAUGGGUUACAAGAAUUCGCCGGAUUAUACUUGAUGAAGUUCAUUGUAUAGGUGAAAUGGAUGGUGGUAGUACUUGGGAAUCUUUAUUACUUCUUGCACAAUGUCCGAUCUUAGCACUUUCAGCCACAAUUGGAAACCCUGAACCAUUUAGUAAAUGGAUUGAAAAAAUUCAAACUACUCGUGGACAUAAAACUAAAUUAAUUAAAACCACAAAAAGAUUUUCUGAUCUUCAACAAUACGUUUUUAUUCCAAAAUUUCCUUUACUUCCUUUAGUUGAAACUACUGUUAAACCAAAAGAAGAAUUACGUCAAGAUUGUUUAAUAUCAAUUCACCCAUUUUCAGCAAUGUCAUCAGUGGUUAUUGCUGAAAGUGGAAUUCCUGCUGAUUUAAAGUUAUUACCAUCUCACUGUAUUGAACUUUGGGACGCAAUGAAUCAUGUCCAUAAAGAUGACCCUGAUCUUUUAAAAAUUAAUCCAGAUAAAUAUUUCAAAGAUAUUGGAUAUAUUGUAAAAGAUAAUGCGGACAAUUUUGAAACAGAUAUCAAAAAAUUAUUUAUAUCAUGGACUAGAAAUAAACCAAAAAUGGCUAAAGCAGUAAUCAAGAAUCUUGGUGAUGAUAUUAAAAAAAGAUUUGAUGAAUUAGAAUCUACCGCUAAAAUAAAUAAUGAAAAAUUGGAUAUUUAUGAUGAAAGUUUUUUUAAAAUAGCAAUUAUUCCUUUGUUAUGUGAACUUUCUGCUCAAGACAAGUUACCAGCUAUAUUAUUUAGCUUUGAUCGUAAUAAUUGCAAUCAUUUGGCAAUUAAUAUAUUAAAGGAAUUGGAGUCGGCUGAGGAGCAAAAAAGAAGAAAUGAUCCCAUAUUUGAGAUUAUUUUUGAUUAUGAAGCACAUGAUCCAAAUUUCACCUUUGUGAACCCCAAAUAUCGAAUGCCUUCUGAUGAAUUUCAAGCGUUAAUUAGAACAUUCGAACAUAAGAUGACUGGAAAAUUAUCUAAACUUCUUGACGCAUUAAAAAGAGGAAUCGGUGUCCAUCAUGCAGGUCUUCCAAAGAAGUAUCUUGGUGCUGUUGAAAUCUUGUUUCGAAGACGACAUCUAAGUAUCGUAAUUGCAACUGGUACUUUGGCCUUAGGAAUUAAUAUGCCAUGCCGCACUACAGUAUUCGUUGGUGAUUCUACAUAUUUGACACCCCUUCAAUAUCGUCAAAUGUCAGGAAGAAGUGGACGCCGAGGUUAUGAUCCAAUAGGACAUGUAGUGUUCUUUGGAAUAACUUUAACCAAAAUUAAAAGGCUUCUAACAUCUGAAUUGCCAGCUAUAAGUGGACAUUUUCCACUAACAACCAGCCUUGUGUUGAGAAUGUUUAUAUUACUUACUAACUCUGAAAACCCAAAUUAUUCUGAAAAAGCAGUUUCAGGAUUAUUCGGUGAUUCAUUCUUUUGUCUUGGGAAAGAACAUUUGUCAGGACAAAUCAAACAUCAUUUAAGAUUUUCUAUAGAAUAUCUAAGACGUGAAAAUAUAUUAGAUGAAAAAGGGAAACCAAUAAAUCUUUCUGGAAUGAUUUCACAUCUUUAUUACACAGAACCAAGUAACUUUGCAAUGGCAGCUUUAUUUAAACAUGGUGUAUUUCAUAAGAUUUGUUCAGAAAUUAGAACCAAUCCAACAAGAAUGAUGGAAAAUUUAAUGUUAAUCUUAUCACAUCUUUUUAAUAGAAAAAAAUUACGAAAAGUUGACAAAAGAUUUUAUAGUGAAAUAUUAGAAAAAUAUCCAUCAAAGAUAUUUUUACAAAAAUUACCUAAAAACGUUCGUAAAAUUUUGAAAGAUCAUAAUAAACGUAUAUUAGAAAUUCAUACUGAUUAUGUUAUAGCAUUUACAAGACAAAAUAUGAAAAAUUUGGGACCAGAUAAUCGGUUACCACUUUCAAAAGUUGAAUUUCCUCCAAAACAACUUCAACAAAACAAAUGGGAUUUAAUUAAAAAAUUGAAUUCUAUGGCUAUUCCUUUCAGUGCUCGAACACCUUUUAUUGCAAUGUGUGGAUCUAUUGGAGAUAAUUUUCUUAAUAUUGAAGAUUUAUGUGAACAUAUACAUCACAAAAUAUAUUUGGAUUUGUAUAGUAUCCCUUAUAUAAAAGUCAAUGAAAAUCUUAAUGCUUAUUUAAUGGAUUUCUUUAGUCAUGGACAAGAAAAAACUCUCAAUUUAGCAAAUGGCAUACGACCUGGUGAAGUUUGGCAAUGUUUAAAAGAUUUUGACUUUGUACUUCAAACAAUUGUUACAUCAUUGGAAGUUCGAAAGGUUGAGAGUGAGGCAAAUGUUUUAGAUGGUUUUAAGAUGGUUAGUGAAUCUUUUAGAGAAAAAUUUGUUACUAUGUGGGCUUGA